AUGGUAGCGGUUCAGGGCGGGCAGGACGAUUCCCCUUCCUCUCCUGGCGUCACAAGACCACUCGUUACCCAGACGGCAGGUGGAGAUAUCCUAGUUGACACCAUUAUGGCAGAUGACCAGCAGGCGGUUCCCGUAUCGAGCCACGGGUCAGACACGGUCGGAGCCUCGGUCGAUCACGGUUUAAACUCGUCAACGCCUGGCGGCGGCGACGGAGCGUCGACGCGUCAGACAGCGGUAUCACAACCCCGUUUACCUGAGGGGGUAAAGACGACUUCAUCCACGCCGGCCGUGGAGCACGUACCUCCUAAGGAGCUUUUUGAGGCUCUAAUUGAGUCGAUGAAAGCCUCACCAGGCCCAACCAACGUUGAUGUCUGGCGUCUGUCCAUCCAGGACCUAUUUACAGCGGAAUAUGCUGGGAUACCGCUUGCUAGAUCUUUUUCGACGCUGUUAUGUGUCAGCUUCUGGAAGUUUCGCCGAAUGGAAACGACUGGCUCAUCAGAUCAGCAAAGAACUCCUCCUGACGAAGUGGGCAUUCAAGGAGAUCGUAAGAAAAUUGGUCAGUCAGCAAAAUUGGGCCACUGCUCCUGUCCCCAAUCAAUGGCAGAAGUCGUGCGGGCGGGUAAUACGGCUCGCCAAAUGGACGGGGAGAACAAAGGGAGCAUAACCUAUAAAGGAAUUAUGUUUGACCCUGCCAAAUUCUCGUUGGAAGACUCGAUUACACUAAAGGCCAUAUGUGUGGCCCGGCUAGGUAACACGGGCUUCCAACGGCUACGUGAGGGGUCUGAUGACGAAUGGCGCAUUAUUGUGGGUAUUGCCGAAGGGCAUAUCGUCUGUCGCCGGAUGCCAGACUUUCUACGAUCGGUUCUGGACAGCAAGGAACGUCUCCGGCUGUACAGUACCGUUCAGGCGCAGGUGGAGGGUCAGUUAGUUCUCCAUAUCAGCGGUGGGCGUGACAUUCCUCUAAGUCGUCAGACAACGAAGGCCAUCACGGAGAAGAUUCUGGAAUCAGCCGAGCUGUUGAGGGUCAGUUUGCCCGAUCUCCAUCGCCUGCUGGGAUCAACGAAAACGAUCAGUUACAAUCGAUCAACCCGGUCGAUUCACUUUUUCUUUUUUUUCGCGGGACAAGGCAAAGAAGCUCCAGGACGUUCAAGUGCCUUUUCAAGGUCGAGUUUAUACGCUGGAGAACGCCCAUCAGCCGGUAAGGGGAUCGGUAUGGCAGAACCAGCGGGGUCCAGAUGGUCGGUCGGAAUACCCAAGAUCGGCUUAUACGAUUAUCCUCUAUAA